AUGGAUGUCCAGAACGCUUUUCGUCAUGGCGAUCUUCAAGAGGAGGUUUACAUGUUACCCCCGCUAGUUCUAGUCGACAGGGAGAGCAUGUUGUGUGUCGACUUCACAAGUCCUGAUGACAUGAUAUUGACAGGAAAUGAUGAAGAGGCCAUCUAUAAACUGAAGCACUUCCUUGGCAGUCAAUUUCGAAUCAAAGAUCUCGGACCCUGGAGAUACUUUCUUGGUGUUGAGGUGGCACGAUCAAAAUCUGGAAUUUCUAUUUGCCAACGAAAGUACACCCUUGACAUUUUGGCAGAAGUUGGAUUACUUGGAGCCAAACCAGCCAAAGUUCCUAUGGACCAUGAUCUCGUGUUGUUAUCUACAGAGGAGUUACUCAAAGAUCCUACUCGAUAUCGUCUGUUAGUUGGAAAGCUAAUUUAUCUCACAAUUACAAGACCAGAAAUCACUUAUGUAGUCAACACCCUCAGUUAG